AUGCCCUCUCUUUCUCUCUCUCUCUUUUUCUCUCUCUCUUUCUCUCUCUCCCCUCUUUCUAUCUCUUUUUCACUCUUUUCUUUCUCUCCCGCUAGAUCUUUAUUUCUCUCUUUUCUUUCUCCCUCUCUUUCUCUAUUUUUCUUUCUUUCUCUGUCGUUUUUUCUUUGUCUGACUUUUCUUUUUCUCUCUAUCUCCCUCUCUCUAGAUCUUUCUUUCUGCCUUUCCUUUCUCCCCCUCUUUCUUUUUCUUUCUCUCUCUGUCGCUUUUUCUUUUACUCGCUUUUUCUUUCUUCAUCUUUCUCUCUCUGUCUCCUUUUCUUUCUCUAUCUCUUUUUCUUUCACUCUCUCUUUGUCUUCAUUUCUUUCUCUCUAUCUCUCUCUUUCACUCUGUUUCUUUAUCUUUAUCUUUCUCCUUCUCUCUUUUUGCUCUCUCUCUCUCUUUAUUUUUUCUUUCCCUCUCUCUCUCUCUCUUUCCCUCUCUCUCUCUCUCUUUCUUUCUCUCUCUUUCUCUUUUUCUUUCUAUCUCUAUCUCUAUCUUUCUUUUUCUCUUUUUUUCUCUUUCUGUGUGCGAUCAUCAUGUGGUCUCGUGCCAAAGGAAAUUUUAAUAAAUAACUAUCGAGCCAUCUAUGUUUUUUUCUGCACCUAUCUAUCUAAAUCUCGCUGGCAAGGUCUUUUCAAAUCUAUCUACAUUGUUUCGAAUCUGUCUACUUCGCCGUUCAUCCAAGAAAACACGUGA